AUGGUCAUUGGCGUGGGAAAAGCAGCUGUCGGCGUGUUCCUUCUUCGAAUUGUGCGGAGCAAAGUUCAGAUUUGGUUUAUCUGGGCCUGUCUUGCGAUCACUGCUUUUAUCACGCUUUUCGCCAGCAUUACUGUUAUAGUGCAGUGCAUUCCAGUUGAGAAGUCCUGGAAUCCAAAUACGCCAGGCCAUUGUUGGCUCGACUUUUCCAAGGUUGGCUACACCGUUGGAUCAUGGUUUGUCGCCGCGGACUUCUCCUUCGCAAUUCUCCCAUGGUUUAUUGUUUGGGAUCUCAAUAUGAAACAGAAGGAAAAGUUCACCGUCGCCUGUGGUCUCAGUCUCGGGAUAUUUGCUGGAGUAUGUGGCAUUAUCCGCACCAAAGCCCUGGGAGGACUGAAUGCAUCUGAGUACAUCUAUGAUACUAUACCAAUGCUCAUCUGGUCUGCUACCGAAAGCUGCGUCACGAUAAUGUGUUCGUCAAUCCCCGUCCUCCGUCCUCUCUACAUCCGCGUCAAAUAUGGGAAAGACGGCAAGAGUAGCUCUUCGGACAAUACCUCCUACAAACUGCCAAUGUAUGGCAAUGGCCGAAGACAGGGGAGAUUUGCCAAAUCCGGCCUUGAAUCGUCAGUGUACGAGCGAAGUAGUACAUACCACACAACUGUCAUAAGAAAUGGCGCCGAGAACGCUAGCGAUGAGAAUAUUCUUCGAGGUGCAGCAGGUAUUGAACGGACGGAUGAGAUCUCAAUUAGCUAUGAGCAAUUUGGCAAGAAAGGGUAG